CAGUUACACUGUCCUGAAUGACGUGACCAUCCAACGAGGAGUCGUCAAGGAACUGUUUCACCACGUAUUACGGUACGCAAGCAUCUCUCCUAAAACACAACUGGUACCUUUCCCCACUAGCUCAACCAUCCCUCUUUCUCUAUCUAUCUAUAAAAGCUUGUUCCGAUUCUCGUUGAGAACUUCCCCAAACCCAAAAUGCACAGAUAUAUAUAGAGAGAGACAUAUUUAUUCAGGCAAACCAUUCUAGGUUUUGUGAUAAAAUUUGGUAAAGAAGAUCUUCAAUCUCCAUUUAUUUAUAAUAAUGGCGAAGAAGAGAAAAUCCGAUGCGACGAGGCUGGAUGAGGUGGAUCGAACCAUGUACUCUACCUUCUGUAGUGCGGCUAACUCCCUCUCUCAGCUUUACAGCCAGGCCAUGCACCACCAGAGACUCUCCUUUCAGGCUGGUGAACGCCACGCGUUGGAGAAACUUUAUAAUUGGACCUUAAGACAACAAGAAGGUGGGGCAAGAGUGGCAACCUGGGAUGUACUUGCAUAUAUACAGAAUGAGCUCGACUAUGGGACACAGGAACUCCCUCAAACUGCAGUACAAUCGACUCACUCAGGAACCCCCGUACCUUCUAAUUCAUUCGGUGCUGCAACUAUUGGACAAGGACUGCGAUCUGGAAAUCCCGACAAUCAAACGAGAAACUCCGUUUUCUCAAACGCACUUUCCAGUCCUGUUCGUAGGACUCUUCAGCACUAUCACCUGACUCAUGGGAGUUCCUAUUCAAACAACAUUAUUUCUUCUGCCAACGGACAGAGAAACAAUGAGAACAGCUGUCUCCCAGGCAGGGACCCUAAUCCACCGAGCUCUAUUGACACUUCAAUGGACACUCACGCAGAUAGCCCUGGCUACGAUUCUCCAUACUGAAAUUAGAGUCGGGUUCGGGUUCAAAUUCUGAGAGUCGACACUCGCACAAAGGUUGUGAUAACCAUGAAUGCAAUGUUACAAAGAAAAGUUGUGUUUGAUGUGGUCUGAAUGGAUUGUGGUGUGUUGUUGAUUGUUUUGGGUUCUUUCACGUUGAUAUUUAUGUAGUGUUUCUCCCAUUCGCUUUUCAUUGCAUAUUGCUCACAGAUAGUCUCAAUGUCAAAGACAAUAAAAUGUAGCUCAAUUGUAUUCUGUUCAAGAUUGUAUUUUGUAUCUUGGAAAUGACUUGGUUUGCAGUAAGGUAUAAACAUUUUCUAUGUAAUUGUGUUACAAAGCUCGAUUUUUUAUUGA